CUGUAGCGUUACUUCGAAGUCUAUUGUUGGACGUAUUUGCGCGGGAUUGUAUAUCUGAUCUCGUAGCUGUUAGGUUGGCGGUUAGCCAGCCUGUCUGAUAGGUGUUUUAUCUCCCUCUUUAUAUUCGGCCCUGGUCAGAAGUAAUAUAGAUAUACGUACCGGUUCUCAAUAAUUUAACCAGAAUAUUGUUGUAUAUAUAUGUCACGUCGGAUAUGUAUGCCACAUCCAAAUUAAUUAUUCCACCCAAACCUGCAAGGGAUACACCUUUUAUUCCGAAGUUAAGGAUUCGCCUGCGCCACUCACCUAGCAGUCAUUGUGGUGCUCGCGACCAGGUUUACAAUGUCGCACACAAUGAGUCUCCACAUUUAAUUGGAAAUUUUGAUGAUCAUGAUUCAUUUCAUACAAACAUUGAGUCUUUGGUGGGCGUUUGCUCUUUUUCAAUGUUGAGAAAUACUGCUCAAAAAGGUUCUCAUACCAACUCCUUUGCCAAGCUAAGCAAAUCACGACGAAGACAGUUGUCUAGUUUUACUUCUGGAUGUACUAUUAGGAGAGCCACAAGCAAAAGAAAACAGUCAUCUGCGUUUGUAGAUACACUGGAUCUGGAGAAUCCUGAUUCACUUUUGACGAAGGUUAAUCUAAAGUUGCUCAUUAAUAGGGAGACAUUUUAUUCUCUACCUUUGGAUGUCCAGCAGAUGCUGUCUCAACUUUUACCACUGUUUGAUCAUUGCAGAGAGAUGUCUCUUAAUAAUUCUGUUUUAAUUGAUGAAAAUGAUUAUAGUCCAUCACUUUCUUUAUCUUCUGGGAUUGAAUCAUCUGAGCAGUCAAAUACUGUAUGGUUACAUCCUACUGCCCUCAACAACGAAUUUUUUACAAAAGCCCUCCAAGACUUUUCUGAUCGCCAAGCUAAAGGUGAAUUCACCCCACGUAUCCGUAACCGAGCUGGUCUACGAGCCCAUGUAGGCAACCGGUAUAGAUACACUUCUUCCAGUGAUAUGCUCCAAUCAAGUACAAACAAUAAUAAAAAAAAGACAUUUGUUCAUGAAAUACGUACUAAGAAAUCGUCUGGUCAAACAAAUUCACGUCGUUCAUCCCGAUCGAAACCAAAGAAUUUCAAUUGCAGCGCACCCAACAACGAUUUUCAUCAUCCAUCACUUUUUACCAACUCACCACCAGUUGAUACCUCUCUUAUUUCUUCAACACUUUCUGUUUCUGGUUCAUCUGUUAAGAAUUCUCAAAGCAAAAGAAAUCGAAGCACAAGACCUUCAUAUUUGCAGAAUGAUGGUAACAAUGAAUCUAUGGUAGUCUGCUCCCCUUCAACAAUACAACUAAGAGAAAGAUUGAAAGAGAAGUCAGAAUGUUCUAUGGAAUCCAACGACAUUGAGUUUGAAGGUAGUAUUGAGAAUAAAACCUCGGAUUUAUCAGAACUCUGCACUUUUCCUCUGGAUGAUACUUUAAAUAACAGUAUACCCAGCUCGGGCAAAUCAUUUUAUCCAGCUGAUCUGGAAAACAGUGAAUUCACAGAUUCUGUUUGUUGUUUAUCGGAUAGAAAUCGUGAUGAUCGUUCUCUUUCAUUAAGUCCUGCCUACAACGGGCCAUUAGUUUCACCUUCAUCUGUAGGGGAUUCAAAUAAAGGUUUAAAACUUUGUGAUAAGACCCUUGAGUCGGAAGACCUUAAGUUAACAGAUUCUCCAAACACGAAGCCAACUCAUGCGCGGCGACUUUCACUGGAUUCAAAGCUAGUGAAUCCCUCUCCUAACAGACAAAAUAACACCAGUAAUUCUUCACGUUCUGCGCGACCAUCACGUUCUUCUAAUUCCAAUAGUUCUUGUGGGUCACCGUCUAUGCCUCCACCUCGACAAACAAAGACGUUGGCUGCCAUGAGAGAGAAGCUGCGGGCAAAACGUAUGUUAAAGGAAUCUGAACGCAGUAUGGUGGGUCAGCGUUUUUAUGGUUUGCCGGGCAGUAUGACUCCACAUCCUUCGAGUGGUUCAAGUGGGUACUUCCAGAAUCGCAAUUACUCCACCCCUGUCAAUUUUACCCCUUUGGGCGAAACCGAAAAUAAGCAGUCACCGUCUAUGUCUUCGCCUCCACUCAGAACUCCUAUCUCGCCAUCAGCAAAUGAUGGAAGUGUUCAUUCUGUUAACGUGUCAUCUUUGCAAAGUGAAAAUCAAGAGAUAACUAGACCUAAUUUGGCAUCUGAAAGCCCUUGUUCCCCACUUUCUGCUCCUAGUAUUAAUGUCAUGUCUCCACUACCUUCUGUAAACAACUCCUCUUCCGAAAACAUUACUACUACUACUAACAGCAACCUCGAUAACUACACUUACUGCUCUAAUAGUUUCGCUCAGUCGUAUCCGUCUUCUCCUCAUCUGUCAAACUCGAAUGCUAGCAUUGUUCUACAACAUUCAGUUUUUUCACAGUUGCCUAGUCCUAUGCAUCCCACUAAAACACAUCGCUUCGAACAGAGUGUUUCCGCACCACCUACUCCCUCUAAUGUUCAGUCAGGGCAGAAUUUUACAAACUACCUACAUCAACCGGGGCAUUCUUUUUCAUCUAUAGGACCAUGUUCCAGCUCUUCCGCUCCUUUACACACGUCUCAAGUAAGUCCAACUGCGUCUUUUGGUUCAUACCCAUCUCCAGUGUUUGGCGGUAAGUCCUCAGUAACUUCCAGUGUUCGAGCUAGCACUUCUGAUUCAUACUCUUCACAAAUUGUAACUCAACCAGUUUCAGGUAGUAGCUGUCCUACGAGUAGCAUAAGUUCUGUAGUCUCAGAAGCUAUAGUACCGUCAAAGUCAUUUUGUCAAGCUCUCCCUAUUCUUAUGGAACCUACAACUUGCCCAGUUCAAGCAACAGUAAAAUCUAUUCCAUCCUUGGACACUAUUUCUAUCAGCCCUUUGACAUCUGUUUCUAGUGUUACCAAACUACUUACUUCUAAUUCACACCAAAGUCGCUCUUCAACAACAACCCGCGCAUUCUUUGUUGAUGGCGAUAAUUUAUCUGAAGCCGUCGCGUUCCUCCAGAGUUUAAAUCCAAAAGCUACAAUUACUCAACAACAGUUUUUGCUCAUCCCUGGUGCAAAUAAAUCUCAGAUGAUUUUGUGCAGAGCACCUGUAACCUGUUCAUCCGAAAUUAUAUCUCCUGUUGCAACGCAAACUUCAGUUUCUGUAUCACGUGCUAAUUUAACUUCUUGGUCCAAAAACGUCUCUCAUAUAACAACUUCAAGUACAACAAGUGUGGGGAACACACAUAUUACUGUUCCUACGUCUGUUGUUCCGAACGAUGUUUCACUACCGACAAACGUUACUGAGAAGAGCUCCACGUCAUAUAGUACACCAUUUUUUGAACCCUACCGAUCCAACAACUUCUACGCAACCCAGUGCAGUAGUGACAGUUCAUUUCCAAAAUUAAUGAAAACUUCAGAAUUACAAAUUCCUCGUUCUCUAGUUUAUUCCAAAUCAAUUAAUGUUCCUUCAUCAAAUGGUUCAUCAUUUCCUCUCAAUAUUCUAAUUUCUCAUCCUAAAGCAUUGGAAGCCAGCAGUGAGCGUACGUCCCUACUUCAAGUUGUAAAAUCGGUUUCCUCUCCUUCCAAGGUAGCUAUUCCAUCGUCUGCUAAUUCUGUUUCAUGCUCAUCUCGCACAUCUGUUCCUACUGUUCUUAAUUACAAGCAGCCUGUGUCCCAUUCACAGCUUAAUGUAUCGUUGUUAACCCCUGGACCUUCCGUAAUCAAUAAUGAAGUCCCUAUACUUUUUGUCCAGGAUCGUAACCAACAUCCUAUAAGAUCCCAGACUCCAACUCGACCUGUCAACUGGGUUCAGCGCAGUUCAUUCGAUCAGCAUACGGAUCUUACCGAUCGAUCAACCAUCAGUUUACCCAUUUUGUCUACUGCAACCGUGAUAACAACUCAUGCAAACAACCCCGGUGAAUUUCGUUGUUUUUCCCAUCCAGUAGCUCGAUCUGGACCGUCCAUGCAACUUUCUAACAAUGGCUCUGUCUCCAGCCACUUUGGUUUCCAACCAAUUCAAUCUGUGCAACCGUCUAACCCUACAGGAAAAUCUUUGGAUUGUACUCCAUUCUUAUCCGGCCCAACUGCAACUAUUAUGUCUCCAUGCCUACCUGCUGUCAUACUUUCACAUCCUAUAACAAUUCAGUCAACUAGUAAUAUCACUCCCUCCCAACAGAACAUUUUUAACCGAUCUCUGCCCUAAGCAGGGUACUAAAGGAUUUAAUUGAUUUUUCUGAAUAAUUAUUUACCAGUUACUUAGUUGAUCGCUUAUCAAAUGGGAAUACUUGGAUAGUAUAUGUUUUGGAUACAUUAGGAAGCAGUUCAGUCAUUUUGCAGAACUCAAACAUGGAUUUUAUGUUUUUUCUAGAGCUCGUUAGUUCUCGUUUAUUAUUGAGUUCCUACAAAUUAUAGCAUCAUCAAAAUUUAGUUAUGGUGUAUCACUUUUGCGUUACUUUCUUUCAAUUACAUUGGGAUGCAUUCUUUUCCGUUUUAAUUUAAAACCAGUUUAUCCCCAUCAAUUGCUAGGUUACAAUUGUCAUUUCAGCAUACUGCUUUCUUAAUCUCACUUUCUGAAGCAAAACUAGUCCCUGUUUUCCUUUAUACAUAAAUAUAUAUGUAUGUCCUCAAACUUGUUUGCGUAUGGACGUAGGGCAUGGCAUAUUAUGUUUCUUUUAUCCUUACUGUUACCUACGUUUUAUAGGUACUUUGUAUCUCCCUCUUUUUACAACCAGUUUCACAAAUGUGAAUUUCGCUGUUUUUAGCAGUCCCUUAUUUUUAAAACAUUGGGUCAAUUUCCUUACACUGCAAUGUUUAAAAUAUCUUUCUUAAAUCCUAUGUAUUUACCUUCAUUAGUCUGCUUCAAAUAAAUGUCUUCUAUUUACUUAGAAUACAUAUUGUUUUGGAAGUAAAUUCAUGGCUGUGUCCAUUUAGAAAUCUUUUUCCUUGACCAUGUUUUUGCACCUUUGUUCAUACUACCUACUACUUAUGCUAUCUCCGCACAUACCAAGCAAUUUUUAAAUAUUCUGUCCCAUAAUACUUAUUUUAUUUCUUAUUUAAGGCAAAACUAAUCGUGUUCGUUUACUUUUUCUAUUGCCGUGCUGCUCAUUUUUAUACCUCACCUAAUAAUUAACUCGAUUUUUCACGAUGUGUGGUAUUUAGUUGUACAGUUUAUUUGUUUAUUCCAAAUACCCCUCCACACCAUUAUCUUACUAUUUCACGUUGCUAUCUAAUUGAUCAUAUAUAUAUAUAUAUAUAUAU